GAUAUUAUAUCCACAACAACUACACUAGAAAAUAAUUCAAAGUUAAGAGAAGGAUCAAGAAAAUGGAGUUGGAUAUGGGAUCAUUUUAAAGAUUUACCCACUAACCAAGGGUCUAAAGAAUGGUGCAAAGAACUAAAAAAGAUGGAAAAUAAGUAUGGAAUUAUGAAAUUUGGAAGACAUGAAUUAUAUGUUUCUCAAUUAGCAAACAAUGAAAAAUCCCAUCAAAUAAAAGAUAAUGGCAUUUAUAAAGAACAAGUAAAUAAAGCUUUGGUUAAAUUCAUAGUUACUGAUUCUCAGCCAUUUUAUAUGCUAGAAAAUCCAGGAUUUAUAAAAUAUUCACUAGUGCUUAGUCCAUUCUACAAAUUGCCUAGUAAUAAAGGAAUAAAAAAUAAAAUUUAUUUGGCUUAUGAUUGGAUGUCAGAAGUUGUUCGUAGUAAGAUUCAUUGGAGUCACAUGUCAUAUAUUGAUCCACAAUUUGAAAUGCAAGAAACUACUCUGGUAAUUCAUGAAUUAAAACAUCUGCAUUCUGGUUUUACAAUUGCUAUUACUUUAAAAUCAAUUCUUCAAAAUUGGAGUAUUAAUGAAAAAUGUUUUAUGAUAACUACAGACAAUGCAAAAAAUAUGAUAAAGGCAAUUAAUAAAAUUGAAGGAGUUAAUCAACUUGCAUGUAGUACACACACUUUACAACUUGUAGUGAGUAAAGGUCUUUUGCCAAUUAAGACAUUGGUUUUAAUGGAUGAUUUAGUUAAAAUUUUGCAUCCUUUUGCAAAUACUACAAAAAUGCUUGGUGGAAGCAAAUACACUACAAUGUCAUUUAUGUUUACAGCUAUAUCUUCAUUAAAAAAAUUGCUUAAUAUUGAUAAUAACAUUCAAAUUACAGUAGAUCUUGAUAAUUCAAAUACUGUGUUUGAUGAUAAUUUAGAUUUAUAA